GACAUCUGCUGAUUCCACAUGACUGACUGCCUGUCGCACGAUGAAGUGACUGUGCGAAGCAAAACGUUCCUAGAAAAACCCGUGGUUGAUCCCAGAAGUCAACAUGAUGGGGGGAUUUCUGGAUUAUUAAACGCAGAGAGAAUCCCAAUGUUCGGCGGUGACGCAAUGAGAUAUCACUAAAUCCUCCACUGCAUUUCAAGAUGCUAGUCUUUGUAAUCGUUUGUCUGUUAUCACCGAUCUCAUCAUCAUCAUCAUCACCGUGUGAACGAGCGCCGCCGCACGCUCAGCCUGCCGAUUCUGAUUAUAAACUGGGAGUUGCCGGGGAUCCAGACCUGUUCAUACCUGGAGAAUUAUAUUCAGUUUCCCUACAAGGCGUAGACAUCGGGCAAGGACCCAAGCCGUUCGUGGGUUUCAUAAUAUGGGCGGAAAUAGAAAAGGAAUUCAAUGGAAGCGCAAACUCUACCAACAGUACAAUUAGCAAAUAUUCUCCGGGAACGUUUCAGUCUUACGACGCGCAGACAAAGCCCAACGAACUGUGUCAACCGGCUGUUGUUAAUACCACUACACAUCCUAAAACUGAGAUUCAGGUGUUAUGGAAUGCUCCAUCGGGAGCAGAAGUCACGUGUGUCCGUUUGUGCGCCAAAGCAUUUCAUUCUGAGUCGGGCGUGACGUCAUUACUAGCCCGGAAGCUGUGCCCGGCUAUAUCCACACCCACCAUAUUAAUGAAACAACCAAUAGUAGAACCCUGCUGUGCCUGUGACGAAGCUAAAUAUGAGGUUACAUUCGAAGGACUCUGGUCAAGGAAUAUUCACCCACGUGAUUUUCCACCGGAGACAGAGCGAGCUCACUUCAGUGAUGUGAUCGGCGCAUCGCACACUGCUCAAUACAGAGUCUGGCAAGAAGGAAGGACUGCCACUGCCGGCCUUAAGAGAUUGGCUGAUGAUGGUUCAGCCACUACUCUUGAAAAAGAAUUGAAGUCAGAGAGCGAACACAUAAGGACCAUAAUAAAGGCUCGAGGGAUUACAUGGCAGCAGGUAUCUGGGGGAGGAAUACCCAGCACCUUCGCUGUAUUCAGGGUAGACGCCAAGCACCAUUUGGUGUCGUUAGCUUCCAAGCUGGCGCCAUCUCCAGACUGGUUCGUGGGAGUCUCAGCUCUGGAACUGUGCAACUCAAAUUGCACUUGGACACAAUCUGCAAUACUACCCCUGUAUCCUUAUGAUGCUGGAACCGAUAACGGUAUUACUUACACGUCCCAUCGCAGUCCUACAAUACCAGCUGCCCCAGUACGUGCUCUACGUCCUGAUUGGCCCCGGGAUGCUCGAUCGCCCUUCUUCAGCACUACGGGAGAAAUCAGACCGUUCGCCCGAUUGAGACUCAACAGACUUCGUCUCUAUGAGAAGAAUUGUGAUACCGAGCAUGGAGGAGAAGAUACUAGAGAGGGUGAAGCUUCCGGUAUGGGGUCUUGUGGCACCCAUACGUGGGGUCCGUGGGGUCCCUGCAGCGUGACAUGUGGAACUGGCCGCUCUGCACGACAACGAAACUACAUGUGGCCUUCCAGAGCAAACGCCGAUGGGUGCAGAGUCGCGCUAACUGAAUUUAAAUCUUGUAAUGGACCCAGAAUGAAUUGCAGAGUUCAAUCUGAAUACGAGCCAGACCCUGCGGAAUCGUCGGGUCCUUGCGCCGUGUCACCUUGGUCCGAAUGGUCUCCGUGCGAGGGGUGCGGGGUUCGUGCCCGCACGAGGCACUAUAUAGUUCCCCGUGCUCAUAAACGAUGCAGUGUUGGAUUCAGAGCGCGGACUGUUUUAAGCCAAGCUAUGCCUUGCGACGCCGGACCCUGUUUUAAACCUCCUGGAGCUUAUAAGAACGCUACAAACUUUGACUGGUUCUUUGUGGAUAAUCCGCAUGGCGAUUGUCCUGUUACUCCGUGGAGCUCGUGGUCUCCGUGUUCGGCGCGGUGCGGUCGCGGUAAACGAAUACGCACGCGGAUAUACGUGACACGGGACUCGCGCGUGCAACAGUACCUCAGGAGACGACUGAUUCACGAAUGGAACCAGAGAUUUGCGCAGUUACAAGGCCUGGAGUUAUCUGCGGAGAACAUAACAAGCGAUAAUCCGAACGUGGAGCUCCUGGCUGCAGAGCACAUCGAGCGCUGCCAGUUCACUCUGACCCGGCAGGAGGCACUGUGUGAUGGAGACGAUGAAUCCUGCGAGGUCAUCUCUGAUGAGGUGUGCAAGCUGCCUUUAUCUGUGGGCCCAUGCAGAGGCUACCAAGAGCGAUGGUUCUACGACACCUCACGAGGAGUAUGCGAGCCGUUCGGGUACACCGGAUGCGGAGGAAAUGGAAAUAAUUUCCGCAAUCGAGAUAUCUGUAACCGUGUAUGUGGAAAUUUAAAGUCUAGUACAGAGUCUCCUGUGCUUGUUGAAGCGAGCACCAAGAGGUUGAAGGCGACACCAUCCGCUGAAGGCAAUGAUGUGAUGCUGAAUGAUGUGCCUUCGUCUCCAACACUCAACGAUCGCCCAAAAAGUGAAUAAUGAGUCGUAUUUGUAGAACAGCUCGUUGGAAAUUAGAUGCUACCAAGUCAAUGUGAUGUCUUGCGUGGACUUGGAAGAGGUGGUAGUUAAGUAAUAGUUAAAUACUUAUGAAAUGUUCUAGUUCCAUUAGUUAGUUUUUACUAACGGGUAGACAAUUAUAAGGAAUGUAAAUCUCAAUUUUGGCACUUGUGUCAGUCAAAGUUUACAACACAUUUGCGAGAAAACAGUACAAUUGUUUGAGUUGCGCAAAUAAUUCAUUACUAGUUCCAGCUGUCAGUAAAAAAAUUCUUACUAUAGGUACUAAGGCCAACGAGAGGAGAUAAAGAAUGUAAACAAACAGACGGUUACUGAGUUCCAUUGCGAUAACGAGCGAUUAUUAUCACUCGUACGCAGUAAUGGCGUCAGUUGGUCGACGAGUUGACGACAGCUGUUUCGUGGUACAUGAAAGCAGUUAGUACCUACUGCAUUUGUCAACAUUUUGGUCCGCCAUUUUGUGAACAAAUUGCAAUGCAAGUUCAACUAGACCUUAGUGUGUGCGCGACAUAAAGUGGAGAAUACAAUACGCUGGUAUUUAAGCUAUCGAAUUUUAUGAUUUACGAAAGAUUUGACCUUCGUGACCUUCGUAACAAUAUUAUUUUAAAUAUGUAUAUUGAUAAUUUAAUAACGUUUGAUAUUCUUAUAUUUUGUCUGUCUAUGCAAUUAAAAUUAUAGAAAAGGUACAUGGAACCUUCUCAUAAGAUGUAGGUACUUAUAUCUUUUUAUUUUCCACUUUAGAUUAUAAUAGGAAGUGUAUAAAAUUAAUCAAGUAUAAAUAAGAAGUUGUAUAAUUGCAGCAUGUUCGCACUUUGGAAUAUUUGUAAAUUCGUCAACCCAAAAACUACAGAAUUAUUCUAUGGUUUGUGUUCGUUUACCUACUUAUUUUUAGGUACAAAUAAAUCCAUAGAUAUUAGGCAUUUCUUGUAUACGCACAUAUUAGUAGAUACCUAAAUGGUAUAAUGAUUUUGUUAUUAAGUUUUUAGCUAGUUUGUUGAAGUUUUGAAGGACGCAAGUUUGAAGAAGGAAUAAAAAUAUUGCUGCCUCAGUUAGUUUUAAUUGUACAAUAGUUCGUGAUAUUAGAUUAGAUUAGUUAUUAUAUUUCGUACCUACUGUACUGUUUCAAAUAAACAAAGUUAUUUGUCGACAUA